AUGCUCCUCGUAGCCACCGACGCGGCCAUCUCCUGUGGACAGGUGAGCUCUACCUUGAAACCCUGCAUCUCCUAUGCCAGCGGCAACAGCGCCAACCCGAUUGUUGCCUGCUGCAGCCGUGUCAGCAGUGUGGCCAGCGCAGCACGGAGCACCGCUGACGAGCAAGUGGCGUGCAAGUGCAUCAAGAGUGCUCCCGGUGGGCUCAACGCUGGCAACGUCGCCGACAUUCCCUUCAAGUGUGGCGUCAACAUCCCCUACGACAUCAGCUCUUCCGUCGACUGCUCUAACAUUUGCUAA